AUGAAACUCCGCUCCUCUUCCACCCGCGGUCGUCUCUCCGCACGCUACAUCUCCACCCUCUGCCUCUUCGUCACGGGUAUCUACGGCCAGAUGAUAGGACAGCCCGGUGGAAUCGACACAGGGAAUACAUUAUGUCUAGGGACUUGUGUGUCGAGCAUAGACCAAUUGAAUUGCCAGGCUCCUGCGUUGCCAAUUUUCCGGGUGACAAAGAACUGCUAUACUUGCUGUUAUGGGGAUGACGAUUCGGGUGAUUGGGCCGAUGCACCUGAGGAGGAGUCUUGA